AUGGGCGUGUGCAACUGCCUCGACGGCAAUAAUAUGUCAGGACAACGCGAUAUCCCCCUUGAACUCGGGGAGCAGUCCGAGCAACCAUCUUUGGAGGCCCCAGGGGCAGCUGCCCCCAGUGCUGGGCCUAGCGCAGCCGAAGAGAUGGAGACCCAACCGCCUAACAGCGAGCCCGUCCCCAUCGAGAUUGAAGGCGAGGCAUGUGGACCCCCAGAGGUCUCCAGGCCCAACCUCCAAGGCCUCGGCCAGGCCAUCGAGGAAGCCGGAGCCCAUGGAGGCUACAGCCCACCUCCUGAGGAAGCCAUGCCCUUCGAGGUCAAGCAGCCCAGCUUGGGAAGCUUCUGGCCUACCCUGGAGCAGCCUGGAGACACCAGUGGGGCCCAUGCAGGCCUCGAGGCUUUCAACUCAGCGCUCGUGGAGCCCAGAGCCUUCUGUGAGGCCAGGCCAGGCCUGGGAAGCUACAGCCCUCCACCCGAAGAAGCCAUGCCCUUUGAGUUUGAGCAACCUGCCCAGGGAGAUUGCUGCCAACCUCUCCUGCAGGUCUCAGACCUCGCUCCAGGAGGCCCAGGUGUGGGGGUCCACAGCACCCCUUCUGAGGAGCCCCAAGCCCUCAGGCCUGCGAAUGCAGGCUUCAGAGGAGGCUGCAGCCCUCCCCCUGAGGAGGCUAUGCCAUUUGAGUUUGAUGGAGCAGCCUUUGGGGACGACAGCCCACCCCCUGGGCUCCCCCGAGCUAUCCUACAAAUCGACGGCGGUAGCAGCAGCCAGUUCACGGGAGUUGCGGUGCCGAGUGCGGUCCUCCUCGCUCCCGCCACGAGCGAGCCCCCCCUCUGGGUCCCAGGCGCCAUCGCCAUCGGCAGCCCAUCCCGAGAAGCUGUCAGACCUCCUCCGCACUUCGCUGGCGACAGCCCCCCGAUGGAGAUCCCCGGACCCCCGCUCGAGAUUGGUAGCGCCCCCGUUGGGGUCGACGACGCUCCCGUCAACAUGGACAGCCCCCCAAUCGCGCUUGAUGGCCCGCCCAUCGAGGUCUCCCGAGCCCCAGUUAAGAGAGAGCGAGCAGAGGGAGAGAGACCCCCAGUUGAGGGAGAAGCAGCCGAGAUGGAAGGAAGCUCAACCGCUGCUGCUGCGGACGGAGGCCAAGUCCCCUCUCCGGGCGACGGAGCUCCUGCCACUGGGGACGCUCCAGCCGCCCCUGCCUCUGCUGCCACCGGGGCCGCUCCAGCCGCCCCUGACGCGCCAGACGCCGGGACAGCCCCAGCCGCUCCAACCGCCGGGACAGCCCCAGCCGCUCCAGCCGCCUCUGACGCGCCAGCCACCGGGGCAGCCCCUGCCGCCCCAGCCGCUCCUGCUGCCCGGGCAGCCCCUGCGGCCCCUGCCUCCGGAGCCCGCCCCAAGCUCCGUUUCCUUAGACCCCCCAGCCCCGAGAUCCAGGCUGCCGAUCCGCCUACUCCGCAGCCUCCUCGCGCGUAUGCCUGGCGGGGCAGGUCUGAGCGCAGCCGCGGCCGCGACGACGACGAGGGGUCGGUCAGCAGCGACGACCGCAGCAGCGAUGAAUCCGACGAUGGGACCUUCGGAUGCCAUCGCUGCGUGCAGCCCCGGAGAAAUCGCCGCCGCCGAAAGCCCCGGCGCAACUUGCUCCGCAACUUCCUCAUGCAAGCCUUCGGGGGCUGCUUCGGCCGAUCUGAGAGCGCCGAGCCCAAAGCCCCACGCAGCCCCAAGGUCAAGAAGAUUCCUCUGGCGGAGAAGCGCAGACAGAUCCGCAAGGAAGCCCUGGAGCAGCGUGCUCAGAAGCGCGCAGAGAAGAAACGCAGCAAGCUCAUCGACAAGCAACUACAGGACGAAAAGAUGGGUUACAUGUGUACGCACCGCCUGCUGCUUCUAGGGAGAAAAGUGGUGCCGUACAACACUGAGGGUCGUUUCCAGCUGGACAAGCCAGCGCCAGCGACCGUAAGACGACCCCGAGUCCUGGGGUGGGGGCCGGCAAGGAAGGCGGGGGCUUCAGGUGCUGGAGAAUCUGGUAAAAGCACCAUUGUGAAGCAAAUGAGGAUCCUGCAUGUAAAUGGGUUUAAUGGAGAGGGCGGCGAAGAGGACCCGCAAGCUGCCAGGAGCAACAGCGAUGGUGAGAAGGCCACCAAAGUGCAGGACAUCAAAAACAACCUGAAAGAGGCCAUUGAAACAAUCGUGGCUGCCAUGAGCAAUCUGGUGCCCCCCGUGGAGCUGGCCAACCCCGAGAACCAGUUCAGAGUGGAUUACAUCCUGAGUGUGAUGAACGUGCCCGACUUUGACUUCCCUCCUGAAUUCUACGAGCACGCCAAGGCUCUGUGGGAGGAUGAAGGAGUCCGCGCCUGCUAUGAGCGCUCCAACGAGUACCAGCUGAUUGACUGUGCCCAGUACUUCCUGGACAAGAUCGAUGUCAUCAAGCAGGCUGACUAUGUGCCCAGCGACCAGGACCUGCUUCGCUGCCGCGUCCUGACCUCUGGAAUCUUUGAGACCAAGUUCCAGGUGGACAAAGUCAACUUCCACAUGUUUGACGUGGGUGGCCAGCGUGAUGAGCGCCGCAAAUGGAUCCAAUGCUUCAAUGAUGUGACUGCCAUCAUCUUCGUGGUGGCCAGCAGCAGCUACAACAUGGUCAUCCGGGAGGACAACCAGACCAACCGCCUGCAGGAGGCUCUGAACCUCUUCAAGAGCAUCUGGAACAACAGAUGGCUACGUACCAUCUCUGUGAUUCUGUUCCUCAACAAGCAAGACCUGCUCGCUGAGAAAGUCCUUGCUGGGAAAUCGAAAAUUGAGGACUACUUUCCAGAAUUUGCUCGCUACACUACUCCCGAGGAUGCUACUCCUGAGCCCGGAGAGGACCCACGCGUGACCCGGGCCAAGUACUUCAUCCGCGAUGAGUUUCUGAGAAUCAGCACUGCCAGUGGAGAUGGGCGCCACUACUGCUACCCCCACUUCACCUGCGCUGUGGACACCGAGAACAUUCGCCGUGUGUUCAACGACUGCCGUGACAUCAUCCAGCGCAUGCAUCUCCGCCAGUACGAGCUGCUCUAAGAAGGGAACGCCCAAAUUUAACUGAAGCCUUAAGCACAGUUCAGUAAGAGUGAGCCGUAAUUGUGCACGCCGUUGAUCACCCACCAUAGGGCAUGGUUAACAAAGCGACCUUUCCUUUCCCCCUUGAGUGAUUUUGCGAAACCCCCUGUUCCCUUCAGCUUGCUUAAGUAUUCCAAAUUUAGAAAGCUUAAGGCGGCCUACAGAAAAGAAAAAGAAAAAAAGGCCACAAAAGUUCCCUCUCUCUUUAAGUCAAUAAAAUAACAGCAGCAAACAGAAAUAAAUGAAAUAAAUAUUGUCUUGUGCAGCAUUAAAAAAAAUCAAAAUAAAAAUUAAAUGUGAGCAAAA